AUGGCAAUCGAGAGCAUAGCGAGCACACAAUCCACGGCUAACCCAGAAGGAAAAGACGAUGGCCAGAAACCAGUGGUUUUUGAUUCCUCAGUUAUCAGGUACGAGCUCAAUGUACCACAGGAAUUCUUAUGGCCAGACGAAGAGAAGCCAUGCUUGGACGCUCCAGAACUGAAAGUCCCACAUGUUGACUUGGGACGAUUCCUGUCCGGAGACCCUGUUGCUGCGGCGGAAGCCUCCAGGAUCGUCCACGAAGCAUGCCGGAAGCACGGCUUCUUCCUCAUCGUCAACCAUGGCGUGGACCCCAAGUUGAUCAGUGAUGCUCACGGUUUCAUGGAUGACUUCUUCGAGCUUCCCCUGUCUCAGAAACAGAGAGCCCAGAGAAAACUUGGGGACCACCAAGGCUAUGCCAGUAGUUUCACGGGCAGGUUUUCCUCCAAGCUUCCAUGGAAAGAGACGCUCUCUUUCGAAUUCUCUGCGGAGAAAAGCAAGUCCAACACCGUCAAGAACUACUUGUGUAAUAAAUUGGGCAAAGACUUCGAACAAUUCGGGCAGGUUUACCAGGAGUACUGUGAGGUGAUGAGCAAGCUUUCUUUAGGAAUAAUGGAGCUUCUGGGAUUGAGCCUCGGAGUUGGGAGAUCAUAUUUCAGAGACUUCUUUGAAGGAAACUGCUCAGUAAUGAGGCUUAAUUAUUACCCUCCAUGUCAGAAACCAGACCUCACUUUAGGUACUGGUCCUCAUUGUGAUCCCACCUCUCUGACCAUUCUUCACCAAGACGAUGUGGGUGGCCUUCAAGUUUAUGUGGACGGUCAAUGGCAAUACAUUUACACAAAUUUCGACGCUCUUGUGAUCAAUAUCGGGGACACAUUCAUGGCUCUUUCAAAUGGGAUAUACAAGAGCUGCUUGCACAGGGCAGUGGUGAACAACACGAUGACCAGAAAAUCUCUGGCUUUCUUCUUGAAUCCGAGAAGUGAUAAAGUGGUGAGUGCCCCGAGUGAAAUAGUGAACCAGCGGAGCCCAAGAAUGUACCCAGACUUUACAUGGCCUGAGUUUCUCGAGUUCACCCAGAAGCAUUACAGAUCUGACAUGAACACCCUUGAGGUCUUCUCCAACUGGAUUGCCCAGAACAAGACCUCAACAUCUCUUGUAGCCACAUGAAAGGUAAAAAGGGACUUCCAAAAUAGUCAGCGUGAAGGCGGAACAGAACAGAGCACCAAGAGACCUAUGGACUUACCUCAUGUUAUGCUUUCUCACUAAUG